CCAUAUAUGGACACGUACGUCAUCGGAACUCCGAGGGCGGGCCUAGGAGUUCCUUUUACUUCGUGUUCGCUUAGAUUCAUUCAUAAAGACGAAGAGCCACUGCACUGGACUCAUGCUUUUAUACCGUCGGUCCUACAGCAACGCGUGGAUUAUUCUCUGGAUUUAUAAACACAUUUCUACUUUUUAUUAAGGUUGACGCAAGGAGAAUCAACUUACUGGGUCUUAUUUUGUCUCGCAUCAAGGAGUGUAUUGUGAAAAAAGGUCAAGAAAACUUGAAGGAAUUUCUUUCAAGUAAAGACCUAUUUUGCCUUCUUAAUGCAACUUGUUUGGAGGGGAACCGAGAACAUCUCUCCGGAAUACUCCAAGAAAGUUAGUAAAGGGCACAUCGAUUUGUAUCCGGGAACAGCAGGUGCCUCGGUGUCUCUCGGCUUUGCCGGGGAGAUGUUCCAAGGGUUCCCCGGCGACCUCGAUUCUGGCUCCCGUGGUAGCUCGUCUCCGUCCAUUGAGUCACAAUAUCUGUCCUCUGUGGACUCCUUUGGGAGCCCGCCAACCACCAGCGCUCCACAAGAGUGUGCAUCUACUUCAGGUGGGGCGGUAGGGGUGGGGGCUGGGGCUUGUAGUAGUGGGGAAGGAGGGGAGAUGCCGGGCUCCUUUGUGCCCACAGUGACGGCCAUCACGACCAGUCAUGACCUGCAGUGGAUGGUGCAGCCCAGCCUGAGCUCCGCGGGCCAGGGCGCGGCUGGGACGUCCACCAUGGCGCAGCCAGCCCCCCUGGACACCUACGAGCUGCCGGGCACAAGCUAUUCCUCGGGUGCUGGCUUCACUCCGCCCAGCACUGGCACCGAUGCCCCUGGACCUGUUCGCCAGUCUCGAACCCGCAGCCGGCGCGCACGUGAUGAGUCUCUGACCCCGGAGGAGGAAGAGAAGAGACGCGUCCGGCGGGAACGAAACAAGCUGGCUGCCGCCAAGUGCCGAAACAGACGGCGCGAGCUGACGGACAGGCUGCAGUCGGAGACGGAUAUCCUGGAGGAGGAAAAGGCCGAGCUGGAGGCGGAGAUCUCAGAGCUACAGAAGGAGAAGGAGCGGCUGGAGUUUGUCCUGGUCGCCCACCAGCCGGGCUGCAAGAUUCCGUACCACGAGGAGCAGGCGUCUGCGCAGCUGCAGCCGGGCGUGUCCGUGGUGGGCCUGACUGUGAAAGAGGACACUUUCUACCUGCCUCCCGCCUACACGCCCCACCCCUCCACUCAGCCGCCGCCCCCCCCGCCACCACCGCCGCCAGCGCCCCCCCAGCCGGGGAUGAUGCAGGAGGUAGCCUUUUCUAGUUCUUUCUAUGCGCAGAGCGAGCCGGUACUGGGCGGCUCCUGCCUGGCGGCCGGCGCUUGCAGUCAUGACAUCGGCAGCUGCACCCCCUCAUACACCUCUUCAUUUGUGUUCACCUACCCAGAGGGAGCCUGUGGGGUCAACGCGCACCAGCGGAACAGCAGCAGUGAUCAGUCCUCUGACUCCUUAAACUCCCCCUCUCUGCUCGCGCUCUGAGAGCCACACACCCGCGCGCAGGCACACACGCGCAGACACGCACACACAGACACGCGCGCGCAGGCACACACACGCAGGCACACACACACAGUUAUACACAUGCAGGCACACACAUGCAGGCACACACGCGCAGGCACACAUGCAGACACACACACGCAGAAACACGCAUGCGGAUACGCACACACAGGCACAUGCUUAGACACAUAGACACAUGCUUGCAGGAACACAUAUCUUAACUUGCUAUUAUACGAGCGCACUUCCCCCUAUUCCAAACUCCUUCUUCAACCACCCGUCUCUUGCUCCUUUCCUCUCUUCUGCUGGUUCUGAUCUUAAUGUGGCUUCUCUCACUCUAUCUUGCUCCCUCUCCCCCAUGGUGACCACCUUCAGAAUAUGUGUGCUUAUGCAGAAGUAGGAUAAAGGACUCCUUUCGGCCAAACUCCACCCCACCCCACCUCUGCCUCCCCUACCCCCCCUCCCCCCUUCACCUGAUCACAUCCGAUCCACGCUGCUGCUUCUUCUCCAUUUGCUGGGACCUCGGAUGUUAGGGUCGCUCGUACCCGUCUCUCGUGCUCUCACUUUCCGCCCCUUCUCUCGGAUCCAUCUCUCCAUCUCUGUUUCUUCUCUCCUGUGUCUCUCCCUCUCUAUGAAGCCCCCAGCCAGCGAGAGCCCUCUGGGCCUGACCAGCUCCUGGGACCUCGACUGAACCAGCCACCCCUUCCUAUGCCACGCCCUGUCCCAGAGGAACUGCAGAGUAUUACGCAAACCUAGCAAUUUCAAAAAAAGAAAUAAAAAAAGAAUUAAACAAGUGACAUAAAACAUGAAGAUAAAGCAAAAAGGAACACAACUCUUUAUUUGUUUCCUAAAAGCGGCUUUGCCGGAUGCGGGGGGGAAAAUUCAGAGACUAUUUUGCAUUUGGAAUGUUACUCAUUAUAAAGCGGUGGAGACAGCCAAUCAGGAAUGAGGAAAAGGAGGUGAAGUCUUGGAUGAAGAAGGAGGGUGGUAGACACAACCCAGGGACUGACAGCGAGACAGCAGGCAGUUCUUUUGCCCUAUCAGGGCUCUGGAUCGGUAAACACACAGACAAAAAAUCUAUAUAUGUGCACUCGCAAUAGCCACCUGAGGUUGGCUGCCUCCUCAAGCAAACCCUGCAGCAUGACCCACCUCCCACCCCCCACCCCCCCAUGCCCCAGCUUCUCCAGCUGCACUGUGGCCCUGCCCACCAGUUACGUAUUCUUUUGCACCUUGUCUUUGCCUUUCCAUUUUCAAUGAGUACAUUUUGGUCACUUUGUUGUCAGUUUGUUGUGUUUUGUGUGUGUGCGUGUGUUUGUUUUUUUAUGUGUUAUUUUGACUUAAGUGGUGCCAAAAAACUGAGCGGGAUGUACAGUGAAUAGAUAUUCUUUGCCUCUGCUCCGUUCCUUGGUUUUGUUUUUAAUUGCGAUGUCGGAGGGGAAGGAUUUUAGACGCCUCUUAAUGCAGGGGAAAGUGGUCUCAGGGCCCCCUGCCUGCUCACCCCGUCAGCCGCCCUGUCCCGGGGAAACGUGUCGACUGCACGAGCAGCCUUUUUUGAUUGUGAUGGGAAACUGCAGACCAUUAUCCCUGUUUUAUUUCUUUCUGAGGCAUAUUUUGUGAUAGAGAGAGAGUUAGAGAGGAGGACAGAGAACGGAGAAGGAGAGAGGUAUAUUUUUGUAUAUAUAUUUUUCAUUUACCUGUGAAAUCUAUUUUUUUAAGUUUGAAAUAGGGUGUGGGGAAAGAAGUUGAUAUUCCCUUUGCUCUAGCCUGUAGUGAUGAUGUCAAGCCAACGGGCAUGAUGGGACCUGAAGCUUUUUAUGUCGUUGUUGCUAUUAUCUUAUAUUGUAACUAUUACUAUUAUUGUCACUAUAAUUAUUUUAUUGUUUAUAUAAGUUUGGCACGUCUUGCACUAUGAACCUUUUUAUAUGGAGAAAGGAACAUAAAAACAAUAUGCAUACGCAUAUACAUUAUUGUAUGGAUGUUCGGAUAUAUACAUUGAUUGUAAAGUAUGAAUGUUUGGGGGAAAGGCUGACUUAAUUACCAUAUUUCAAUGAAGAAGGGAGAUGUGUCUGUUAGAAAUUGGUCACUGUUUGCUUUAGAUUUAUUAUAGAUAUUUUUCUAAAUGAAAUUAUUUAAAAAAUUAUAAAUGAAUAAACAACAGUCUCCCAUGGAUGAGGAGCUUAUCACUGCCUAAGCCCCUGUUGUAUGUUUAUAUGUGCAAUUUGUAUAAUUAUAUUAAACAUAUGUAUGAAUAUACCGACAUUGAAUAUAUACGUAUGUAUAUAUGCAUAUAUAUGUAUGUGUAUAAAUAUAUACAUACAUUGGGAAUGCCGUUGUAUUUCAGCUUUGAUAAUGGUUGUUUUUCUGAUUGGCUGGUCCGCUGGCAGGCCUUAGAACCUGUUGCCGCUGGUCAACGUCAAUAUCAAGGGCAAUGUACAUCCUACACAAAACCACAAAAAUGUGAAUUGAAUGUGCUCAAAUCCUAUUGAAAUCAACCUGUUAAUGGCUUCUCCUUUUUUGGGGUGCUACGCAAUGCUACAAGAAGUUUGCGCCACAAAGAGGUCUAAUUAAUUAAAUUAUUUCAUGUUGCUGUCUGCAGUUGCUCUUCUCUGCUCUCUUUUGGACAAACUUUGAACUGGCAUGUCUGUUCCAAAAACAUUUGGAGUCCUUGUACCCAGUUGUUGUUUCUUUUCAACUUUGCAGCAAAUGUGUAUUGCCCUUUGUAAAACAUGUUACAGCCCUUACAAGUUUAUUGGUGCCUUCUUGCUACAAGAAAUUGAGAAGACCUGUUGGGUUUGUUGUCUAUGGGGUUGUCCUGUGACUUGCAACAGGUCCUGUUGUCUGUUCAAUGUCUGUGCCAAUAUUCCACCAUUUAUCUGGAAUCAGACCUUCAGGGUGCCUGGAGGUAUUAUUGCAACCCUACCCAUGGUCUUCAGCACCAAUUUGUGCCCUGUAACCAAAAAAAUAAGGCUGCUUGCAUUAAAAACUAAAUGUACAAACUGAUAUUUGAAGUUGCAGCAGUUUGUCAAAACAGCCAUUAAAAGGUCUUUAAGAUAUCCAGUCACACCACUGGAGAGAUACAGAUUCAAACUAAAGUUGAUUCUCAAGCCAGUUUUCCUAAAUUCCAUUUGAAAUUAGAUUAAGUAAGUUGAACAAGUGAACUGGCCCUUUUCUAUAAAACUGGUAACAGGCUUACUGUAACUAUAAUUGCAGGAGUAAUUUCAAUGUCAUCUCCAAAAUGAGGGUGAAUCUGUAUCCACUCAUAAAAGAAGGGACCAGCUGUACACACAAUAAAGAUAUACAUUUUGUA